CCACCAAUUGGUAUAUUUUUUAAAGCAUGUUUCAUUUUAUACUAUUGGAAUGUUUGUUCCCUUGUUCUUUUGAUUGAAUCGAUAACCCUUUAGAAUAAUGUUUAUGCCCACCAAGUGUUUGACAAAAUCCCAUAAUUCAUGAUUUAGUGUUUCUUGUGGCAUAAGAUUACAAAGCUUCAUUACAAUUUUUGGCGUUCAAUUCUUGAUAUAUUAUCACGUGAGGAUCACGUGAGAACAAACUAACCGACUCUGACCCUAUAAGUAAAAGUCCUCGCCUUUCGUCUUCUUUCCCAUUUUCUUUCUCUGCCUUUUAAUUUUCUCGAGAAAAUUCAGAAAGAAAAUCUCCAUUGUUGUGUUCUCCCUAGGAAAACCAUAUUCAAAUAAAGAAGCUUUUCCUUUCGAUCAUUGAGAUGGAUCCAGAUCGAUCAGUAACGCAAGACGAUGCAGAGGAAUCUGUAGUGAAACGAAACGCCACUUGUGUUUCAGCUCUUAAUAUGAUAAUCAAGUCUCUAUGGGACAUUAACGUUUUCGCAAGCUCCAGAGAAGAUGAACCUGUUUUUCAUGAGUUCCUUCUCAACGAUCUAAGUCUCAAACAUCCUCUGGAAGCAAAUGGUGUUUUUGACCUGUUUCUAAACAUCUUGGAAGCUCUGCCUAACUGGGGUUCGUACUUUGAAGUAUACGAAAUGGCGAAAAAGAUUUGCAAUAGAUGCAAGAUGGAUUUGGAAUAUCCGACUGAACGUUCUUUUGGUCUUAUCAUCAAUGCUAGUUCACUCAGAGAAGUCAAGUCUGUAUUCAAGCAUUUUACAUUUGAGAAUAUCGUUAAGGUCAUCAAGAUGAACUUAAAGAUGCCUUGUGAUAAGGAAGGAUGUGGAAAACGGAACUAUGUUCAACGUAUGAUUAACAAACUUCCAUCUGUUUUCACAAUUGCACUUGAGUGGACAAAGAAUGAGACUGCAGGAGAAAUAUACGAUACUGCUUCUUUUCUGGCGACUGAGAUUGAUGUUAGUGUGAUAUACCAAUACAAAGGUGACAGUACAUGCACUAAAUACCGUCUUGUCUCAAUGGUUUGCUCGCAUGGAGAACGAUACAACUGUGUAGCUUAUGAAAACAAUAGAUGGGUCAGAUAUCUUCGUUCUGAGAUAGAGGUUAUUGGAGACUGGGAUAGUGUUGUCAGCAUUUGUUUAACGCAGAGUAUUCGACCCCAGAUUCUGUUUUUUGAAAGUGUUAUGAAGAAGGAGCAAUAAAUAAAAAAGAGUUUUCAAUUGGUGUAUAGAGAAAAGUGCUUGGAGUCUAAGUCAAAAACUAUAGGAGUGAGUAGAAAUAUGAUUUGGUGGUGUUACAACAUUGUGAACAGAUUUGUAUAUGUUUUCU